AUGUGCAAGCUCACUCUAAUUACAGGCUCCUCCUCCAGGCUGGUGUGUUACUAUAACAGCGAGGCUGGAAAUAGAGAGGGGGAUGGGAAGUUCUCGAUUUCAGAAAUCGAUCCAAACAAGUGUACACAUCUGAUAUAUGCCUUUUCUGACAUCAACAACCAAAAUGAGCUGGUGCACAGCAAUGCAGCUGACUUACAACACUAUCAGGCAUUCAAUGAACUCAAAACCAGCAAUACACAGCUCAAAACCCUGCUGGCGGUUGGAGGCUUGACCUUCAACACACAGAAAUUCAGUACAAUGGUAGCAGAACAACAGAACAGAGAAAGGUUCAUCCAGUCUGCGAUCAAACUACUGAGAGCAAAUGGAUUUGAUGGGCUAAACCUGGACUGGAGGUACCCUGGGGGACCUGGAAGCCAACCAAUGGACAAGCGGAGAUUCACACUGCUGUGCAAGGAGCUCAAAGAGGCCUUUGUGGCUGAAGCAACAGCACCUAACCGUGACAGAUUAAUCGUCACUGCUAGUGUCUCUGCUGUGAAAGAAAUCAUCGAUGACAGUUAUGAAGUCGCACAGAUUGCCACGCAUCUGGAUUUCAUUAAUGUGUUGACAUUUGACUUUCACGGCCCCUGGGAAAGUGUCACAGGGCAUCACAGCCCCUUAUACAACGGAUCCCAAGACACUGGAGAUGAAAUCUACUUGAACACUGACUAUGCUAUGCGGUACUGGCGGGACCAGGGAGCACCUGCACACAAGCUAAACUUGGGGUUAGCGGCAUAUGGGCGUGCUUUUGACCUCUCCACUGCAUCCAGUGAUGUUGGUGCACCAGCCAAUGGUCCUGGUGAAGAAGGCUGCUACACCGGUGAAGAAGGAUUCUGGGCCUCUUAUGAGACUUGCCUUUAUAUUGAAGGGAAUACUACCCAGCUGAUUGUUGAUCAGGAAGUUCCAUAUGCUGUCACAGAAAAUCAGUGGGUUGGGUUUGACAACAAAGCCAGUCUUAAUACUAAGGUCAAUUACCUAAAAACUAACCACUUUGGGGGAGCCUUUGUCUGGUCUCUGGACCUGGACGACACUACUGGACAGUUCUGUAAAAUGGGCAAAUGCCCUUUCAUCAGCCACCUGCAUGAUAUCCUGGUUCCAGAGAUAUUUGCAGCCAUGCUCAGCAACUACCACUUCAACUCUCCUUCCCAAAACAAUGCCAACAACCACAUCAACUCCCUCUACAAUGACCACAACAACUCCACCUACCACAACUACAAUAAUGCCGACUACCACAACUCCUCCUACAACAACCACAACAACUCCCCCUACCGCAACUACAACAAUGCCGACUACCACAACUCCCCCUACCACAACUACAACUCUCUCUACCACAACAAUGCCAACUACCACAUCAGCUCCCUCUACAACGACCACCACAACUCUCCCUACUACAACUACAACAAUACCGACUACCACAACUCCCCCUACCACAACUACAACAAUGCCGACUACCACAACUCCCCUUACAACGACCACAACUCCACCUACCAAAACUACAACAACUCCCCCUACCACAACUACAACAAUGCCGACUACCACAACUCCCCCUUCCACAACUACAACUCUCUCUACCACAACAAUGCCAACUACCACAUCAAAUCCCUCUACAACGACCACAACAACUCUCCCUACUACAACUACAACAAUGCCGACUACCACAACUCCCCCUACCACAACUACAACUCUCUCUACCACAACCUUUCAUCAGCCACCUGCAUGAUAUCCUGGUUCCAGCCUCAGCACUACAACUCUCCCUUCCACAACUACAACAAUGCCGACUACCACAACAACUCCCCCUACCACAACCACAACAACUCCCCCUACCACAACCACAACAACUCCCCCUACCACAACUACAACAAUGCCGACUACCACAACAACUCCCCCUACAACUCCCCCUACCACAACCACAACAACUCCCCCUACAACGACCACAACAACUCCCCCUUCCACAACCACAACAAUGCCGACUACCACAACAACUCCCUCUUCCACUGGAACCCCUUGUAA